AUUUGGAGAGAGACUGAGGAACAUUUGAAAUGGAUAGCACAUCAAAAUCAGACGGUUCUUGCACUGCGCAUUUGGAUGACGGAAAAAAACUUCCAGGGGAACCUACCCAAUAAAAUGUGGUGCACAUGCCUACGGAAUAGAGAAAAGGAGAGUGGAAGAGGUGAAAAUGAAAACCGGAGAUUAAGACCGGAGCUGACAGAGUUAGAAUGCUGCAUGGUGAAAAUUAUCAAGAUAUUUCAUUCAUAUUCUGGUGUACACUGCAAACUAAGGAAAAAAGAUCUAAAAGAACUGAUAAACUCACAGAUGUCUACAUUUGUCAAGCAAAUCCAAGACACCAAGACACUGGACUUCAUCUUUUCAGAUCUGGAUGCUAACCAUGACUGUGAGAUAGACUUCAGUGAAUUUUCUGCAUUAAUCGCUAUGGUCACCUCGGCUUGUCAUACCUCAUUCCAUGAAGGGUAGUGGGCCUAUAGGAUCAGAAAAUUUGGUUUUAUAGAGAAGAUACUCUAUACACAGCAUGAAAUGGCAUGGAAUACCGAUUUAUCACAAACAAAUGGCCUGAGUACUGCUUGCGAUACAUAUAUGUUGAUAUGGCUUGGCAAAUUGGAGACCUUCAUACCAUUGCCAAUCAGUGGCACUCUGGAUGUACUACGAGGCAGACAGUAAUUUG